GUGCUUCAUGUAGGUUGUCAAAUAGAUAUUAUAUGUCAGACGUUAUUGGAAACUCCAUAUAAAAGUAAAAAGCAAUUGAAGUUUUUCAUUAGCAGGCAUCAAGAGAUUAUUAUAUUUACAGAGAAAAUUGAGAAGCUCUUUACUUAUAUAGCGCUUACUCAACUUGUUGCGAAUACUUUAAUUACUUGCUGUUUGGGCUAUCUUACAGUAAUUUCAUUACGUAUUAAUAGUGGAUUUACUAUGUUCGUAAAAUGUGUUGUAUUUUAUGUGGCUUGUUGUCUGGAUGCAUUUGUAUAUUGCUUUGCUGGAGAAUAUCUCAGCAUUAAG